AUGUCACAGUGUGCUGUGGAGACAAAAAAAACCCUGAGUCAACACCUGGAGUACCUUGAGCUCUGUGAAGAUGACACAGAAGUUGAAGAUCAGAUCCUUCAAAGUCUGAAUGGGAUUCUCCUGGCUCUUACUGAAGAUAAGCAGAGAUCUUUCAGCCUACUCAGAGAGAGUGGGAUCUUUGUAACUUUGGCAAAAAUCCUGAAGGGCAAUCCACAAUGUGCAGUGAAAGCAGCCCAGGUGCUUUCAGAGAUAGCCAAGAAUGAGGAAAUGAAGAAACCAUGUAUUGAGGCAGAUUUGGUUCCAACUUUGAUACCUUUGCUGGAAAGCACAGACCAAGAAAUGUUGCUUCAUGCUGGGAGGGCUAUUGGCCGCAUUUGUUAUGAUAAUAGGGAACUUCAGGAAGAGCUGGUGAAGGUAGGAGUAAUCACACCACUAGUCCGAGUAUUAACUGAUUAUGCAGAGAGCGAACCACUUGUCCAUGUUGAUCUACUGGCCUUAUGCAAUCUUGCAGACCUUGAUACAGCCAAGGAAGCUCUAAGCAAGACAAAGGUUGCUGAACAGCUGGUGAAACAACUGAGAAGAGCAGAGAAUCAUGAGAGGCUGGAAAUUAUCUUUGAGGUCCUGCAAGCACUUGCAGAAAAUGAUGCUCUGAAAGUGCAGUUGGUGGAGGCAGGUGUGCAAGAGGUGCUGUCCGAGAUCUUGAUGAGGCUCCAGGGUAGUUCACAAGCUGAAAAUACAUGUAUUGUGAAGGCUGCAUCAGAUCUCAUUGUCUCUCUUCUUCUUGGAGAUGGCAACUGUGUACGAAUGGUACAGCUGGGAGUCAUACAUCAACUUCUGGAUCUUUUGGAGAAACAUGUAGAGAGUGAGGACAUCUCUGUUCAACAUGCUGCACUCAGUGCACUUCGAAACCUUGCUAUACCAGCUGUUAGCAAGGUUCAAAUGCUGGAAGAAGGUGUGGCAGAACGGAUUCAGACACUUCUAAAGUCAGAGAUACCUCCUGUGCAGUUUAAACUUUUUGAAACACUACGGAUGUUAGCAGAUGGUCAAG